CAAUGAGAGCCCGGCUGCCGCUCAGUCCCAGUCCAAUGAGAGCAGCGGGGUCUGGGCUCGGAUCGAGAGUUGGGUUGUUCAAUCUGUGAGGAGGACAACAACCAGCUCUGAGUGUACCGGAUGGAUGGAUGUUGGCGAUGAAUGUUCCUGUUGGUGCUGCUGGUGACAGUGGACAUGGAUGAUCAAGCUGAACAGUGCGGUUGAGUUCUCUGCAGGUGUUCUGAUGUAUUGUUCGAAACUACUUUUACAAAUGAGUUGCAGCUUGGUUGCAGGACGUGUGUCCUAUCACUGAGGCCACAUGUUUAUCAGGAGAGAUGGAUCGUUGUAAGCACGUCGGACGCCUUCGCCUGGGCCACGACCAUUCCAUCCUCAAUCCUCAAAAAUGGCGCUGUGUCGACUGCAGCACCACCGAUUCAGUGUGGGCCUGCCUCAAGUGCUCCCAUGUUGCCUGUGGACGUUUCAUGGAGGAGCACUCACUCAAACACUUUCAGGAGUCAGCCCACCCACUGGCUAUGGAGGUGCGUGAGCUGGACGUCUUCUGUUUUGCCUGUGGAGACUAUGUACUCAAUGAUAACGCGGAGGGAGACCUCAAACUCCUCAGAGGGGCGCUCUCUACUGUGCGCAGCCCAGGCCGACGCUCGCUACGAUCCUCCACUGGGGGGGAAGGUGGACCACAGCCCGCCAUGCAGCUGGCCCUGCGUCACAGGAGGAAAGCACUCCUCGGGAAGAUGUUUCAGACGUGGAUCAGCAAACAUCAGGAUCUGCAGAAUCAGCGUAAAGAGAAACUUGAGGAAGCUAGAAGACAAAAAAAAGACAUGAAAAGGAGACUUAUGGAAGAGCUUGGCAAUGUCCCACCCAGAAAGAGUGCUAGGCUUCUUACUCAGGCGCCACGUUCAACCAUCACACUCAUUCCUCGCAAAUUUCGCGACCCUCCAGAACGCCUACCUCCUCCUCCCCCUCCCAAGAAGCCUUCCCUCCUAACCCUGUCCCGAAAGGCUCCUCAGAACGGCAGAACUGCUAAACUGAGGAGAUACUACUCCACGCACGCUGUAACCCGCCGGAGACUCGCUCCAGGUGUCACUGGUCUGCGCAACUUGGGGAACACAUGCUACAUGAACUCAAUAUUGCAAGUGCUAAGCCACUUGCAGAAAUUCAGGGAGUGUUUUCUCACUUUGGACCUGUGUGAGACUGAGGAGCUGCUGGCCAAGACCAAUCACUCCCAAGGGAUGAAGGGUGUGACAGGAGGCGUCGUCAGCAGUGGUAACACAGCACUGUCAGGAUGCCCUCUUGGACGCAUGGGGAAGGCAGGCAGUUGGAAUUUGCCCGUGGGCAAAAAGGAGAGCGCCCCAACUUCCCCGCAGGCUGCAGAGUUGGUCCAGCCCAAGGAGCCCAGGUGCUCAACCCGCCAGCAGAUGUCUCUGUGCCAUGAGUUACAUACACUUUUCAGGGUCAUGUGGUCAGGCCGGUGGUCUUUAGUGUCUCCCUUUGCCAUGCUGCACUCUGUGUGGAACCUCAUCCCAGCUUUCCGUGGAUACGACCAGCAGGACGCCCAGGAGUUCUUGUGUGAGCUGCUGGACAAGGUGCAGCAGGAGCUGGACACGGAGGGAUCCAAACGCAGGAUAGUUAUCCCCAUCACCAAGAGGAAGCUUUCCAAGCAAGUGCUAAAGGUUCUGAACACCAUCUUUCAUGGGCAGCUACUCAGCCAGGUGACGUGUCUGUCCUGUAAGCACAAGUCGAACACAGUAGAGCCAUUCUGGGAUUUGUCUCUGGAGUUUCCGGAGCGAUACCACAGCAUCGGCAAAGGCUCAGGCUCCCAGGCUUACCAGCGCAGCUGCACCCUUACUGAGAUGCUGUCCAAGUUUACGGAGAUGGAGGCCCUUGAGGGCAGCAUCUACGCCUGCAACCACUGCAACAAAAGAAGACGGAAAUCAUCCCACAAACCCUUAGUUCUGUCAGAGGCACGUAAGCAGCUUCUGAUCUACCGUUUACCUCAGGUUCUACGGCUGCACCUCAAACGCUUCAGAUGGUCGGGGCGGAACCAUAGGGAGAAAAUUGGCGUCCAUGUGGCCUUUGACCAAGUUCUGAACAUCAAACCAUACUGCUGCACAGGCUCAGGUCACUCUGUCCACAGAGGAGGCUACACCUACGAUCUGUCUGCUGUAGUUAUGCAUCAUGGUAAAGGCUUCGGCUCAGGGCACUACACCGCAUACUGCUACAAUACAGAAGGAGGUUUCUGGGUCCACUGUAAUGACUCUGAGAUGAAGGUUUGCAGUGUGGAGGAAGUGUGCAACACUCAGGCCUAUAUUCUCUUCUAUACCCAGAGGUCCGCCUAGGCACCUCUCGCUGUGAUGUCGACCUGUACGUGGCAACUCAAGGCUGCAUUUAUGAAAAUGUUCUCUGAUGUUUUCCCAGAUGUCAUUAAAACAAUCACUUUAAAAUUAUUCGCUAAAAAAAGAUGGCAAUGAGGGCAGUAGGACGGCCACAAUCAUGAGUUGAGGUGAAAAUUUUCAGCAGCAUAAUCCUGAUGAGAAAGAUGAUGAUGAUAAUAAUGAUAUAUAUACUGUCAUGUUGCCAAGGAAAAUAAUUGAUUGAUUUGAUUUUGAAAGUUCUGAUGGAAAUCUUUGAUUUGAUUUUAAUUUGUAAAAAAAUAAAUAACUCUAAAACCUUUUCAUAAAUGAGGCCACAGGUUUCUCUGCCUGUGGGACCAGCAUACUGGUUAAUGGCCUGAAGACUGUGGGAGCAGGUCUGACUCUGUCCUGCUGAACACCAAGUUGUGUGUCUAUGUUUUAAAAAAAAAAAAAAAAACUAACAAAACCACCAUCAGGCUCAUGUCUGUUGAGUCUGAAACCAACCAGGUGCUCUCCUGAGACAGCAUUUUUACAUUCAGACAACACAGAUUCUGGAUGUUGGAGCAUUUCCUUUAUCACAGUGAUGUUGAUGUACCUUUUAUUUGUAUAACUACAUUUGAUGCCAAUGCACUAAAUAUUAUAAGAGGUACCUCUGUCAGCAUCAUUGUGCAGAACAGUCCACACUCCAGACUCUGUGUUGCCUCCUGUUCAGCUUUUUUAAUUAUUGUGAAAUGUCACUUCUGGAAACUUUGAAUACUCAUCCCUGUGUCAUUUGUACUUCAUCAUGUCCUCUCCUCAAGUGUACUGCGAUGACUGAAUACUGUGUCCUGCGCUCUCAGUGAACAGGAAUAGUUUUUGAUUUAGUUAAUUUUGUAGUCACUCUGUGUUUCACUACCACGAAAAGAAGCAAAAUGUAUGAGUUUCAGACACUUUGAUGAGUGAUGGAAAGCUGCACUUUUGAGGAGGGGCUAAUAUUGUUGGUCCUAUCUUUGUGAUUGUUCAUCUUUUAGCUCCUGUAUGUUCUUUAAAUGGCAGCUCCCCCUGUGGUGUAACGGUUAGACUAGUCUGAGCCCGGGCCGGAGACCCCGAGCCUCUGUUAGAACUGCAGGAGACAGUCAAGUGAGUGAACAGGGCAGACUGCGAUACUGAAGAAUGUGUUUUUGGGAGACUUGGGGUACCCAUUUUGAGUUGAGCACCUGAAAGCAAUAUAUUGUACGUCUUGCAUCUUGACAGGAAAUUGAGAUAAAAUCAGGAAUUCUUCUGCUUGUUAUACAAUGUUUUUUUCUACUCUGCUGUUUCUAUCAAGGUCUUUAGAAUUUCCUAGGUAAUCAAGAAGAACUGUUGUGUUUGAUACGAGUCAAAUGCAAAAUACAUUUGUGAACUCUAUGUAAAAGUUUGAACAAUCUAAUGACGAUGAAUGUCUUACUUUUUAGUGGUCAGUUGUGGCCAUGCCACUGGCUCUGAUCCCCCUGAGUUCUGUCUUGUACUGUAAGAAUACCUGUCAUAAAUGUAAUGGUCAUAUGGGUUUUGCCUGACAGUAAUUAUUAAAAAGACAAAGCAAAUUUGAAA